CACUAGGCACAGCUCAAACUCUACCCCGCCUUCUGCGCCAGACACGCGUCGCGUUUCCUACGGCUUUCCGUAGUCCCGCUAAGUCUCGCGAGACCGUGGCAGCCCACCGCAGAGAACGCUUCCGGGAGGUUACCGUGGCGCGGCCGAGUCUCUCGGCUUGCUGGAGCGCGGGCUCGGGAGCCGGAUUCUGGCGGGCUGGCCAUGGACCGCGACUUGCUGCGACAGUCGCUGGGCUGUCACGGCCCGGCACUACUGUCGCUGCUGCGGAGCGAGCAGCAAGACAACCCGCACUUCCGGAGCCUCCUAGGGACGGCAGCCGAGCCCCCCCGCGGCGCGGCACCUCCUCAGGGAGCUGGCAGGAAAGAGAAGAGAGCUGACAACAUAGAAAUACAAAAAUUCAUCUCCAAAAAAGCAGACCUGCUUUUUGCACUGUCUUGGAAAUCAGAUGCGCCUACAUCCUCUGAAGUGCAUGACGACAAUGACAAUCAUUAUGCGGUCAUGCCACCAUUAGAGCAGUUCAUGGAGAUCCCAGGCUUGGACCGGAGAGAGCUGUUUUUCCGAGAUAUUGAACGUGGUGAUAUAGUGAUUGGAAGAAUCAGCUCUAUUCGAGAGUUUGGUUUUUUCAUGGUGUUGAUCUGUUUGGGAAGUGGCAUCAUGAGGGACAUAUCUCACUUAGAGAUCACAGCUCUUUGUCCCUUAAGAGAUGUGCCUUCUCACAGUAACCAUGGAGAUCCUUUAUCGUAUUACCAAACUGGUGACAUAAUUCGAGCUGGAAUCAAGGAUAUUGACAGAUACCAUGAAAAGCUUGCAGUAUCUCUGUACAGCUCAUCUCUUCCACCACACCUAUCUGACAUUAAACUAGGUGUGAUUACUUCUGAAGAGCUACCUUUGUACUACAGGAGGAGUGUUGAACUAAAUAGUAAUUCUUUGGAGUCCUAUGAAAAUAUCAUGCAGAGUUCUCUGGGAUUUGUUAAUCCAGGAGUAGUUGAAUUCCUUCUAGAGAAACUAGGAAUAGAUGAAUCUCAUCCACCAUCAUUAAUGAGAGGCCUACAAAGCAAAAAUUUCUCUGAAGAUGAUUUUGCUUUGGCUUUAAGAAAGAAGCAGUCAGCAUCUUGGGCUUUAAAAUGUGUGAAGAUUGGAGUCGAUUAUUUUAAGGUUGGACGACAUGUGGAUGCUAUGAACGAAUAUAAUAAAGCUCUGGAAAUAGACAAACAAAAUGUGGAAGCUCUGGUAGCUCGUGGAGCAUUAUAUGCAACAAAAGGAAGUUUGAACAAAGCAAUAGAAGAUUUUGAGCUAGCAUUAGAAAACUGCCCAACUCACAGGAAUGCAAGAAAAUACCUCUGCCAGACUCUUGUAGAAAGGGGAGGGCAGUUAGAAGAAGAAGAAAAGUUUUUAAAUGCUGAAAGUUACUAUAAGAAAGCUCUGGCUUUGGAUGAGACUUUUAAAGACGCAGAGGAUGCUUUGCAGAAACUUCAUAAGUAUAUGCAGAAAUCUUUGGAAUUAAGAGAAAAACAAGCUGAAAAGGAAGAAAAGCAGAAAACAAAGAAAAUAGAAACAAGUGCAGAAAAGUUGCGUAAGCUCUUAAAAGAGGAGAAAAGGCUAAAGAAGAAAAGAAGAAAAUCAUCAUCUUCCUCUUCAAGUGUUUCUUCUGCUGAUGAAUCCGUUUCUUCUUCCUCAUCUUCUUCCUCUUCUAGUCACAAACGGCAUAAGAAAAGUAAGAGGAAUCGCUCAGAGUCUUCUCGCAGUUCAAAGAGGCCCUGGUCUAAGACAUCUUUGAGUCACAUAGAUCAGAAUAGGAAAGAUGACUGCUACCCAGUUCCAACUAAUACUUCAGCAUCUUUCCUUAAUCAAAAACAAGAAGUGGAGAAACUGCUGGGAAAACAGGAUAGGUUACAGUGUCCAAGCACACAGGUAAAAGAGAAAGAGCGAUGCCUUCUCACAUCUUCAGCUGAAGUGCCAGAUGACUUGGGAGGUAGGUCUGAAGACACAAGAGAUUUCUACAAUAGCUAUAAAACCCACGCAGGUAGUAGCAAAACUGAAAAGCCAUAUAAAUCAGAAAAAUAUUUCUCCAAUAGGAGAAAUUCCUUGGAUUCCUUCUGUAGGAAUUCAGAGGACAAGAUGAAAGCAUCUAGUUACAGGAGAUGUGAAAAGGACUCAGAGGGAAGAAAAGACCACUCUAGAAGGUGGGAGCCGGGGUCUGUGAAGUACUCUACUUCACCAGCAAGUUCAGACUACUCUUGGAAGUCAGUUGAAAAACACAAAAAAUACACUUACUCUGGAUCACGUGACAGUAGACAUGAGCCAAGAUAUCAGUUAAAUACAAAUCAGGGAGAACGUGCGUAUGAAAAAGAGGACAGCUAUGGGGAGGGUGACAAAACUGAGGCUCCAGAAGAGACCCUGAAUAGCAGAGAGCAACCAGAAAACAGAGUUAAGAAAAAUUUACCUCAGAAUUUACUCAAUAUAUUUAAUCAGAUAGCAGAAUUUGAGAAAGAAAAAGGAAAUAAGCCAAAAAAAUAAUUUGCUUAGAAAAUUUUCACUAAGUUUUUAGAAGUUUGGGGAUGCUUUACUCUAACAAACGGUUCUGGAUCUAAAAUUGUAGCAAAUUACAAGAAGUUUCUCAGUUUCAGUUAUCAGCCCCUCGUCAUAGUGAUGCAGGAGUGUGGGUCUGUGCAGACGUAACUCAUUCUGGGAGUUUAAGCUUUUCUCCUAAAGCUAUUUCUGAGCACUUUGUUUCUUCAUGUUUGGAGUUUAUGAGAACCCUGUGCCUAUCAUAUUUCGCUGUUGGAGAGAAAUACAUUUACAUUGAAGAGUUGGAUUGUUUUAUCAAAAAGUACUUUAUUCUCUUUUGUUAAAAAGCCCUUAGCUUCUGAGGGGAAAUAUUUUAUGGCUAAAUGUUUCAACGGUACUAUUUUAAGUCAUUUGUUUUAAGCAUUAAAAUUUUUGCACCAUUUCAUUUUUAAGUGAUAAAUUAUGACUUGAUUUACCUCUAACACCUGAUGUAAAUGGUUUGUGAAAAUUGUUUUUUUUCCAGCUUUAACAAAAUACCUUAAGAAUAAGACCAUGAAAGUUGGUUAAUCAGAGCCUGCUUUACUUAUUUCUCCAUUAUUAUUUUUACUUAAUGGUUAUGUUCAUAAGAAAAAUUUUAACUUUAAGUAUUUACAAAAUUCUUAGGGAAUUAUAGACAAGACUGAUGAGAAUAGGAAAUAACUGCUAGUAAAAAUAGCAGCAGAGAAGCACCCUGUGAAUCUGGUCACCUUCUGUCUUAACCUCGCAAAUGCUUGGGAAGUCUGUAGGCAUGUUUCUAAAUAGUGGAGGGCUGGCUUGAAGUUCCCUCUUAGUCUACUCUAUUACCUUCUCUGUUGAUGUCUUUUCUCUGAAUCAGAGCGAAGGACAGAAUCAGUUCCAGGCCUCUGCGAUAGCUCAGUAGAUAAAAGACUAUCCAAACUAAUGACCUGAGUGCAAUCCUAAGACUCAAGGCCUAGGGAGAGAACUGACUCCCAACGCGUGUCCUCAGCCAUACACAAACACAGUACACACGAACAGCUAAUGAAGGAAUCUUAGACUGCUAGAGAACAUCUCUGAAUUACUAAAAAUUGAAUAGUAGACUCUUGGGAGAUAUUAGUAGGUAUCAUAGCUGUUGUACUUAUGAUGCUCUUCAAUUAACCUUCUAGAAAGUGUAAAUAAGCACCAGGUGGCAGUGAUACGUGCCUUUAAUCCCAGCCCUCGGGAGACAGAGACAGGCGGAUCUCUGAGAGUUCAAUCAAGGUCAGCCUGGUCUACAAGAGAGCUACUUCCAGGACAGGCACCAAAGCUACACAGGAAAAAAAAAGAAUAAAUGGCAAUGAGCUUUUACUCUCUUCUUGGACAUAGGAUAGGAUCCACAACUGUAGAUGGUAGUUUCUGUCCUGCCCAAUCCUGCAGUCGUUCAGUCCCAAAGAAACACACAGAGUCUUACAUUAAUUAUAAUCUGUGUAUCUUAUUGCCCAGGCUUAUUACUUCUAGCUCUUAUAACUUAAAAUUAUCCCAUAAUUCUUACACGUGUUUAGCCAUGUAGUUUGGUACCUUUUCUCAAGCAUUCUCAUCAUGCUUCUUCUGCUUCUGGAUGUCCCACCUAUACUUCCUGCCUGGCCAAUCAGAGUUUUAUUAAUCCAAUAUGAGAGACAAAUCUUUACAGUGUACAAGAGUAUUAUCCACA